AAUUUUCUUGAAUCUUCCAACUCUUUUAAAAGAUUAUAUAGUGAAUUAAUCAUAAUUCACAAAAUAAUUAUAUAAAAAAAAUACCAAUUAUUAAUUAAUAUAAAAUCAUAUCAGUUAAUCUUACCGUGACGGAUAGCGCAAAAGCUUGAGAUUUCCACACUUCCUUUCUCCUUCCGAUAGGUUUCUCUCUUUUCUUGGAGGCAACAAUGGCCACCGGAAUCCUGAGGCGGGUAUUAUCUAGGGUUUCUGCAUCUUCACCUUCAAGGUUCGUUCGAAUUCGAGCUCACGCUUCUGAAGCUGAAGCUCAGCAAGUCGAGCAAAAAGCGACCGCCUCGUCGAACCUAAAGACAUUCGCAAUCUACCGAUGGAACCCCGAUAGUCCUUCCAAACCAGAGCUUCAGGAGUACAAGAUCGAUCUCAAAGAGUGCGGCCCAAUGGUUCUUGAUGCGCUUAUCAAAAUCAAGAACGAGAUCGACCCGUCUCUUACCUUCCGCCGCUCGUGCCGUGAGGGGAUCUGCGGUUCCUGUGCGAUGAACAUCGACGGAUGUAAUGGGUUGGCUUGCUUGACCAAGAUUCCCUCUGGAGAUUCCUCCACGAUUACGCCGCUGCCUCAUAUGUUUGUGAUCAAGGAUUUAGUGGUGGACAUGACCAAUUUCUAUAACCAGUAUAAGAGUAUUGAGCCGUGGUUGAAGAGGAAAAGCGAACCGCCUGUACCCGGGAAGGAGAUUCUUCAGAGUAAGAAAGAUAGAGCUAAGUUGGAUGGAAUGUAUGAGUGCAUAUUGUGUGCUUGCUGUAGUACAUCAUGCCCCAGCUAUUGGUGGAACCCGGAGUCUUAUCUUGGACCAGCCGCUUUGCUCCAUGCCAAUAGGUGGAUAAGUGAUAGCCGUGAUGAAUAUACCAAGGAACGACUUGAGGCAAUAAAUGAUGAAUUCAAGCUCUAUCGUUGUCAUACUAUUCUGAACUGUGCCCGUGCCUGUCCAAAGGGUUUGAACCCUGGAAAACAGAUCCAGCAUAUCAAAAGUCUUCAGCUUCUGGGUUGAGCCUAAGUUUUUAGGUACAAUGAGGCAUAAUAAUGUUCUUUUGAUUCAGUUAUCGGUUACAGUUAUCGGUUAUAUUUUGAGGACUAAUGAACGGUGUGGUUUUGAUUUAAUAAUUUGUGGAUCAUUCACCUUCCACCCAUUCUGUACUUAUAAUUCGGGUAUAUUUAAGUAUUUAUCUGUCUCCAUAUAAAUAUUAUUUGGCUUCAUCUUAAGUUGCUGAACCAAGAUCAUCCUUUAUUCAUCUUAUUUGAUAAAAAAUGGCUCGUUUGAAAGUCAAA